CAAGAAGCGUUGUGUCAGAACCGUUGAUAAUGGCAGCGGAGAUGCAAUUAUAUUUGAACACUUCAAAUCUAUCGAUUUCUCUCCUAAUAGCGUAAAGCACAGAGAAUCUGAAAUUGCUUUCUCUUCUAUAAAAUCUCCUCAACAUUCGAGAAGCACUCUCCUUCCCUCUCUACAAAGCAAUAUAGAUUCGUUGCUCAGAAAUGUCACCGGACGGCGAGGUGGUUUCUUCGACUCCAGGAGCAUUCAGGCUCCGGUGGGACGUCUUCCUGAGCUUUAGAGGUGCGGAUACUCGUCGUUGCUUUACCAAACCCCUCUUCAACGCCCUCCAAUCUCGCGACGUUCGGGUUUUCCUCGACGACGUUGGAUUGGAUCGCGGUGACCAGAUAGCACCGAGUCUGCUGGAAGCCAUCGAUGACUCCGCCGCUUCGAUCAUCAUCUUCUCCCCUAGAUAUGCUUCUUCUCAUUGGUGUUUGGAGGAGCUUGCCAAGAUUUGGGACUGCGGUAGACUGAUUCUGCCAGUGUUCUUCAACGUCGACCCGAGUCAUGUGCGAAAACAAGAGGGUCCAUUCAGAAAAUAUUUCAAGAAACACGAAGCCAAGAGGAGCAAAGAAGAGGUAAGCAGAUGGAGGGAAGCUAUGAAGAAAAUAGGUGGAAUUGCUGGCUUCCCUUUCCGGCAUCCCAGUGGAAAUAAAGAAGACCUAAUUCAACUUAUAGUGACAAGGAUUCUGAGAGAACUGAGUAAUGCUCCGGUGGGUGUUGCUGAAUUUACCGUUGGACUCGAUGCUCGAAUUGAAGAAUUGUUGGAGUUGUUAGACAUGAGAUCCAACGGCAUAAGAGUAUUGGGAUUGUAUGGGAUGGGUGGGGUUGGUAAGACAACCCUUGCAAAAGCUCUUUUUAACAGACUUGUUGUGCAUUUUGAGCAUCGCAGCUUCAUUUCAAGUGUUAGAGAAGUUUCAUCCAAAGAUGGAGGUUUAAUUUCUCUUAGAAACAGAAUUAUCAGUGACAUUUCAUCUCAAGUAGUGGUUGGUGACAACAUUCCUGCUUUCAGAAGAAUCGUUGAUGAAUAUCCAGGUCUAAUAAUCCUGGAUGAUGUGGAUGAUGUGAAGCAGCUCGAUACUCUAAUAGUCAAAAGAGAAUGGUUCCAUAAAGGAAGCCGCAUAGUAGUCACCUCAAGGAAUACACAAGCUUUGCCUGAGCGUCAUGUUAAUGUUUUGUACGAGGUUCAUGUAUUGGGUGAGUCUGAGUCGCUAGAACUAUUCAGUUACCAUGCAAUGAGGAGAAAUGAACCUGCGGACAAAAAUCUUUUGAAAUUGUCGAAGGAAAUAGUUUCUUUAACAGGAAGAUUGCCUUUGGCUCUGGAAGUGUUUGGUUCAAUGUUAUUUGGUAAGAGAAGGGAAAAGGAAUGGGUUGAUGCUGUGGAGAAACUGAAGCAGACUCGACCUGGGAAUCUCCAGGAAGUGUUGAAGAUCAGUUAUGAGGGGUUAGAUGAACAAGAGAAAUCCAUCUUCCUCGACAUUGCUUGUUUGUUCGUCCAGAUGAGUAUGAAGCGAGAAGAUGUGAUUGAUAUAUUGAGAGGUUGUGGAUUUAGGGGAGAGAUAGCAAUCACAGAUCUCACAGAGAAGUGUUUGAUCAAAAUCAGAGAGGACGAAACGAUUUGGAUGCAUGAUCAAAUUAGAGACAUGGGAAGGCAAAUCGUUGUGGAUGAAAACCUUGUCGAUCCCGGCAUGCGUAGCAGAUUGUGGGAUCGGUCUGAAAUUCUAGCUGUUUUGAGGAAUUUUAAGGGAACGAGGAGUAUUCAAGGCAUGGUCCUAGACUUAGAGGAAAGAUCUACUAAAGAUCAUAAGGAUGAAGUAAUUUCUGGGAAACACCUUCAAUGGGGUUUGAGUUUUGCAAAUGCUCGGGCAUUCCUUAAGCAGUUGAACAAGAAAUAUUUUCAACGAGUUGAGAUAGACGGAGAGGCUGUCGUGCUUCAAACCAAGUCCUUCGAAACAAUGGUGAACUUGGUGCUGCUUCAGAUCAAUAAUGUGAGAUUGGAAGGGAAGUUCAAAUCUUUCCCUCCAGAAUUGAAGUGGUUACAAUGGAAAGGAUGCCCUUUAAAAUUCAUGCCUUCUGAUUUUUUGCUCCGAGAAUUGGCUGUCCUUGAUCUCUCACGCGGCAAGAUUGAGAAUUUGUGGAAUCGGGGAGGCUACAAGGUGCCAGAGAACAUGAUGGUCAUGAACAUGUCCCACUGCUACAACCUAGAAACGCUUCCUGAUCUCUCUGGGUGUCGACGUUUAGAGAAGAUUGUUCUCGAGAACUGCUUUAACCUGAGAAGAAUUCAUGAAUCAAUUAGCAAUUUGACUACACUUCGUCAUUUGAAUCUGACUCUUUGCAGGGAACUUGCUGAGUUACCCAAGGAUGUAUCUGGGCUGAAAAAUUUGGAGACCCUCUGUCUCUCAUACUGCUUCAAGUUGAAAUCGUUACCAGAAAACUUGACCAACUUGAAAUCACUGAAAAAACUUCUUGCUGAUCGCACGGCUUUGGCGGAGCUGCCCGAGACUAUUUUUCACCUUGAGAAACUUGAAAUUCUUAUUUUAAAUGGUUGCCAGAACCUAAAAAGGCUACCCGACAACAUCGGACUCUUGUGUUCUCUGCAAGAGCUGUCUCUUGACCAAUCUGGAUUAGAAGAACUACCCAACUCUGUAGGGCGUUUAAAAAACCUUGAGAAGCUCAGUUUGAUGCAUUGUGAAUCUCUCACUAGGAUUCCUGAUUCUAUUGGAAAUCUCGUAUCACUUUCAAAGCUUUGGCUUUUUGGUAGUGCUAUUGGAGAGCUUCCUUCUUCGGUUGGAUCAUUGUCUUAUCUGAAAGAACUAUCAGUAGGAAACUGUAAGUUUCUGAAUAAAUUGCCUGAGUCCAUUAAGUCUAUGGUUUCCAUUGUUGAGCUUCAGCUAGAUGGGGCAGUGAUCACAGAUUUGCCAGGUGAGAUUGGAAAUAUGACGUUACUCAAAAAGCUUGAAAUGAGGAAUUGCCAGAUGAGAUAUCUACCUAAAUCGGUUGGCAACCUCACAGCUCUUACAACCUGGAACAUUUUCAAUGGUAACAUUGUAGAACUACCAGAGUCCAUCGGAAAGCUUGAAAAUCUAGUCCAUUUAAGGUUGGACCGAUGCAGAAUGCUCAGAAGGCUUCCUAAUUCUAUAGGACAUUUGAAGUCCUUGUACCAUCUUCGGAUGGAGGAAACGGGUCUGACAGAAUUACCUGAAAGCUUUGGUGAGCUUACGAGCUUAAGGACUUUGAAAAUGGCCAAGAAGUCUGAAGAUAACUUGCUUCAGGAUUCUACUGAAAUCUCAUCUUUUUUCUGCAAAAUGAUAUUUCUGAAUGAUCUAGAUGCCCGAGGUUGGAAAAUAUCUGGGUCAAUUCCUGAUGAUUUUGAGAAGUUAUCGUGUUUGGAGACUUUGAAUCUAAGCCAAAACAAAUUUCACAGCCUUCCUUCCAGUUUGGCGGGUCUUUCCGUUCUCAGGGAACUCUUUCUUCAGAACUGCACAGAGCCGGUUUCUCUCCCUGCUCUUCCCUCGAGCUUGACAAAACUGGAUGCUGCAAACUGUUGUUCCUUACAAAGCAUUCAUGACCUUUCAAAUUUAAAAAGUUUAAAGGAUCUGAACCUCGCAAACUGUAUAAAAUUGGUGGAUAUUCCUGGCCUUGAACGGUUGGAGUCUCUGAAGUGGUUGUACUUGGGUGGAUGCAUUGCAUGCUCUUCCACAAUCCGCAAGAGAUUUUCCAAGGUUACACUGAGGAAUUUAAUAAAUUUGAGCAUGCCAGGAACAAGAUUACCCAAAUGGUUUUCAGGGCAAACUGUAAGCUUUUCAAAGCCCAAAAACCGUGAACUAACAGGUGUAAUUAUAGGCGUCAUUCUUUCAAUCAACCAUGAUAUACCUGAAGCGCGAGAUCUUCCUGGGGUAGUGGAUAUCAAACUAGAUGUCCUUAAACUUGGCAAAAAUAUAUGUACUACAGGAUUGGACUUGCGUGGGUUGCCAACAACGAAUGAAGAACACAUACACCUUUGCAGGUUCCCAGAUUACCAUCAUCUCAUGCCCUUCUUGCGAGAUGGUGACACAUUUAGUGUGACUCGGUUAAACCCGCCUAUGAAUAAGGGUUUAGAGUUGAAAAAAUGUGGGUUUCAUUUGAUCUUCGAAGGGGAUGACGAUUAUAGUGGGGAUGAAGAAACUUUGGACAGAAGCUUACAAUCUGUGUCAGAAAAAUUGGCUGAGUUUUUCAACACUUGUGAAGAAGGAAGCUCUGAAGAUGGAAUUGAGAGUGAAGAUGAUGAGUGCCAGGAGCAAUUGGAGACACAAGAAAUGAGGGAAGAGAAAAUCUCAUCUUCCAUUCCCAGCAAGUCCAAUGUUCUCUAUUAUAUUAUCAGACUGUUUCUUUUCUUGUUGAUCUUGCUGCUAAUAAGAUUUGCCUUCGGCUAUGAUGUUAGAAGAGCCUUCAGGAUCUGAAAAACCAUCAUGUAUAUACGGGAUAUAAAAGUAUGGCACUGUCAAAUCGUCUUGUAUAUAUCCCAGGUCUAAACCCAAAAAAAAAAAAAAACUCGCUUUUACAAUAUUAAUAAAUUUUCUGUUA